GCUGCUCCGUUUCUUCUUUGACUGCUUGAUUUUGUUUCAUGCACACAAUCCACUCUCUCCGCCUCGUCUCCUCUUCCGGAAAAAAACAACCCUCUGGCUUCACACACACAAGCCACUCUCUCCACCUUGUCUCCUCUUUCGGAAAAAGCCAACCCUCUCGUUCCGCCUCUUCUCCUUUUUUGGAAAAAGCCAACCCCCUCGCUCCGCCUCUUCUCCUUUUUUGGAAAAAGCCAACCCUCUCGCACCGCCUCUUCUCCUUUUUUGGAAAAAGCCAAUCCACUCUCUCUGCCUCUUCUCUCUCGGAAAAAGGUCGGCAUCAGAGUGAGGAAGGUGGUUCGACGGUAGAAGAUCCAGAUGAGGAUGUCAUUAAUGUGGUGUUUAUUGACCGGUCUGGACAGAGGAUACCGGUGAAGGCAAAAGUAGGAGAAAGUGUUCUAUAUCUCGCGCACAGACAUGGCAUCGAUCUUGAAGGGGCCUGCGAGGCAUCGUUGGCUUGCUCCACAUGUCACGUUUACGUAAAUGAUGAGUACUAUGAUAAGCUACCUGAACCUGAAGAAAGGGAGGACGACAUGCUGGAUCUGGCCGCCAUGCUGCAGGAGAACUCUCGUCUUGGUUGCCAAAUCAUUUUGACUCCCGAGCUGGAUGGCAUUGAGCUGACAAUACCCAAGGUCACGCGAAAUUUCUACGUCGAUGGUCACGUCCCCAAACCUCACUGAGAAAAGAGGGCUGAAGGAAAGGCCAAGCAAACAUGGGAGACACGUGUUCUCAAGAUGACAGAGAGUCUCAUAUUUAAAGGACUGAAGAGCAGUGCAGAGAACCAAACAUCAGUCUGAUUUUUCUCUUUUCAAGUGUGUCCAGAGAAUUCACACAUGCUGAAUGAAUGAUGUUUCAGAAAUGCACAACAUCUGGAUCAUGAAAAGCACUUGGUCCUUUGGUCAUGAACAUAGAAAUGCAUUUGGAAAUUAAGUUUGAUGGUUGAACAGCUUGGAUGGGAAGUUCUAGAAUCAUCUCAGUUCUGCUUUAGCAUUGUAAAAUUUCCAAAGGUGACAUUUUGUGUUACGCACAUCAGUCAGACGCACAAUUUUUAUAUUUCCUUAUACAUGUGAGUGAGUGAGUGAGUGAAAGUGAACUGAAUCUCAAUAUAAAUGUAAUUCUGACGUUCAUUUUGGGGUUUUUUUUCUUUUCUUUUUUUUUAGCAUAUUGUAUUUUUUUAACGAUAUGUUAAACUCAUUUCCAUUCAUCCGUCUGAGGAUAAAGGGCUAAAGAAAUUGAAGUGAUUGCUGGUUGGUGAUAUUGCUUUCCAGAAGAAGACCAUUCUUCUCAAGACCGUUUUCAAAAUGAUGAUAAACCGGGGUUUCAUCUGUCCAUGUAAUUCAGUCAGAGUCAAGACAUGACAAAAACAUUACAAAUAUAUGUAUUGGAAAGCCAGCCUUAAGAGUUGUGGAAGUUAAAAACUGAAUGAAUGAAUUCUGAGCCUGUCAGGAGUAUGCACACAAAAGGAGCUUAUGUUACCUACUUACAGGAUUUACCUUUUUGCUGUAAGAUAUACAGUACUGCGCACAAGUCUUAGGCACUUGUAAAGAAAUACUGUGGACCAAAAAUGGCUUAAAAAUAAUGACAUGAAAUGUUUCACUAUUAAAAAAAAUUGCCAUAAUAAACUAGAAAUGUGUUCAAGGAA